AUGGCAGACUUAUCGUUGAAUAUUCAGACAGUCAAUGAAGAAUGGCUGAUUGAAUUCUGCGACAGGCUCGUGAAAGAGGGUAAAACGAUCGGAGGCUGCUUUGGAGGGGAUAGAGUAGUCAAGCUAUCGGAUACGAUAGUAGCCAAAUUCGGAAUCGGUGUCAUGGCUUCUGAGGCAGAAACUCAAAGAUUUGCAUGUCAGAAUGUCGAUUCGAAAAUUGUUCAUAUUCCCCAGGUUUACCGCUACUUCGACUGGAAAGAUUCUGGCUACUUGUUCAUGGAGUAUGUGCCAGGUCGACAGCUAGACGAGCUAGAUCUUGAUGAGCACACGGAUAUUAUUCCCCGUGUUGCCGAAAUCAUCGGGCAUCUGGGAACGAUUCAGAGCGGGCAAGUCCCAGGUCCUAUAGGUGGGGGUCAGCCACAAGGCUAUCUUUGGGGUGAUGAUGGUGCGGGGACAUCUUUUACCUCUACAUCAGACUUGGAAGCUUGGCUUAACAAACGUUUGGCAAUACGUGAUGAAUCUAUCAAUCUGACUUCACACCCACUUGUUCUGUGUCACAUGGAUUUAUGUCGACGCAAUAUGAUCCUGAAAGACGACAAUACGAUUAGUCUCGUUGAUUGGGGCUGCUCUGGAUUGUACCCUCGACACUUCGAAUUCGCAAGUCUGUCCUUCAUCAUGCCGUAUGAUGAAAGUUACGAAAAACCAGUAAUAGAAGCCACAGCCACUUUGCUGAGAUGGACAGACGACGACAGAGACUUUAUCAGUCUUUUGAAGAUUGCUCGUGCUGUUGCCUUGCGAUACUCGUUGGACGAUGAGAAUAAAUACGGUAUACCAGAGAGUUUACAUUCUUGGUGUCCACCGCCCAUGCUUAGCCGAUCGCCCAGCCCGUCAUGA